AAGAGAACUUCGAACUAGCGUUGUAGUUCGUGCGUUUAUGUUUUUAAAACCCGGGACUAAGACCCUCUUCAAAUGGAACUCCCAUUGCUGCGAUCUUUGUUUUCUGCUUCCUUUUCUAACUUCACUGGGGACCUGAAGCUGAAAGUUGAUAGAGGAUUGCAGAGUAAAUCGUUUUAUUUAAGUGAUAUAAAACCUCAAGAACAAGGAAGAAAGAUAUCCACGGUGUCUUCUGCUCUGCCAGAAACAGCUGCUUCUGUGGCAAUUGCUGCCACAGUUGUCGGUGCUGCAGCUACCCUUCUUGUGAGAAGAACGAAAGGCUCUGAGGCAACUGAGAUUCCUAUGAAAACAUGUGAAGAUUGUGGUGGUUCAGGUAUAUGUUCUGAAUGCAAUGGUGAAGGAUUUGUGCUCAAGAAACUAUCUGAUGUAAGUGCUGAGCGGGCAAGAAUAACUGCAAAGAAUGCCGCCACUCGAUACACAGCAGGGCUUCCCAAGAAAUGGAGCUACUGUACAAAAUGUUCUUCUUCAAGAUCCUGUACUACCUGCGAUGGCCGUGGGAAGUUAAGCUUCUAGUUUUUCUGAUUUUUGUGCUUUCAAUGGAGAUUGGUGCUUCUGUAUCCAUCUUUGUCGUAAUAUACAGAAGAUUAUAAUCCGCUUUCAAUGAAGAAAUUAAAAAGCGAGUUGAUUUUCUUU